GCAGCAGCCUGCAACUGUUGUUGUACAACAGCCUCCUCCUCAAGUGGUGCAACCAGUCAUACAGCAAGUUGUCCAGCAGCCUAUUCAGCAGGUUGUCCAGCAACCUAUUCAGCAGGUUAUCCAACAGCCGAUUCAACAGCCUAUCCAGCAGCCUUUUCAGCAGCCCAUCCAGCAGCCCCAAACUGCUGAAUCCUGGAUCAAUCGAUGGCGAUCCAGCAACAACAACAAACUUCUCCGGCGCCACAGCCGUUGAUGCAGUAGCAACCUAUGUUUCCCAGUCAGCAAUUACCUUUAACCAUAACGACGGGAUUGGUUACCCCGCCUCAACAGCUCUGCAUCCAGCAGCAGCAGCAACAACAGCAACAACACAUAAUGCAGCAACAGCAUUUGAUCACGCAGCAAGUGGCUGCCAACCAGCAACAGCUGACGGUUCAGGCGAUACAGAACCAGAACCACCAACAGCAACAAACGCUGCACCAAGUCAAUCAGCAGAUCCAGCAACAACAGCAACAGUUGCAGCAAGUGAACCAACAAAUCCAGCAGCAACAGUCGGUUCAGAUCCAACAACAACUCUUGCAACAUCAACAGAUCUUGAUGAAUCAACCGAUGACAACUUCUCAGCAAAUUGAUCACCAGGGAUUUAGUCAAUCACAGCCGCAACAUCAACAACAGCUCUAUCAGCAGCAACCAGCUGAAGUGCCUGCCUAGUAUUUCGUUCCGGCCGAAUUGCCUG